AAACUUUCGCACCUGAGGUCUUCACUUUUAUAUUCUCUUCUACUAUUAGUCUUUUGUCCUAAGCUGCCCCAUAUACAAUCAUGUCUAUCCCAACUUCUUCUUCUUCUCCUUCUUCUCCUUUUGUUUUCAUUUGCUUCCUCAUCAUUUUCUUGCUUACUCUAACCACACCCAUUUCUCUGUCCAAAACCGCCAGACGCCAACUCUCCGUUGAUUACUAUGCAAAAUCUUGCCCCCAACUUGAGCAACUUGUAGGUUCUGUAACCAGCCAACAGUUCAAAGAAACACCAGUUUCAGGACCAGCCACCAUUCGCCUUUUCUUCCAUGAUUGCUUUGUGGAUGGCUGCGAUGGGUCUAUAUUGAUAUCAACAGUGCCAGGAAGCAAAGUGUUAGCAGAGAAGGAUGCAAUGGAUAACAAAGACCUAAGAAAGGAGGGGUUUGAGAGCAUAACAAAAGCCAAGGCCUUAGUGGAGAGCAAGUGCCCUGGUAUUGUAUCUUGUGCAGACAUUCUUGCAAUUGCAGCUAGAGAUUUUGUCCAUUUGGCUGGGGGGCCUUAUUACCAGGUGAAGAAAGGAAGGUGGGAUGGCCAAUUGUCAAUGGCAUCAUGGGUACCCUCAAAUCUACCCCAUUCAAAUUACACCAUUGAUCAGCUGAUCAAACUCUUUAACGCAAAGGGGCUGACAGUUGAGGACCUGGUGGUUCUUUCAGGGGCACAUACAAUUGGGUUCGCCCAUUGCAACCAAUUUGUGAGCCGGCUCUAUGACUAUCAUGGCACCAAGAAGCCUGACCCUGCCAUUGAUCCGAGACUACUAAAGGCUCUAAGAAUGUCAUGCCCACAUUCUGGUGGUAACACUGAUAUUGUUGCACCAUUUGAUGUUACCACUCCUUUUGUGUUUGAUCAUGCCUAUUAUGCAAAUUUGGAAGGUAAAUUGGGGUUGUUAGCCUCGGACCAAGCUUUAUUUUUGGACCCGAGAACCAAGUCUCUUGUUCAAGAAUUCGGAAAGGAUAAGCACAAGUUUUUCCAAGCUUUUGCAGUAGCAAUGGAUAAAAUGGGCUCAAUAGGUGUUAAAAGAGGAAGAAAACAUGGGGAGAAAAGAAAAGACUGUAGUGUCCACAUGUAA